UGAAACCCCCAUUUCAUACUCCAUUUCAACUUUUCAUUUCGUGGAUCUAUUCGGGAGAUUGUGCGACGGUGUAGUUCAAAGCGCGCUUGUGUCUGACUCAACGAUGCGCUCCGCUGGGAAAUACUGCGUGUUUCUCCUCCUGCUUAAAAGUGUCCUGGCGGACCCGGGAGCCUCUAACCAAGUGGUUUUACUGGACACCACAACAGUACUGGGAGAACUGGAUUGGAAGACGUUUCCAGUUAAUGGGUGGGAUGCCAUCACAGAAAUGGAUGAACAGAACAGACCCAUUCACACCUUUCAGGUUUGCCAUGUGAUGGAGCCAAACCAGAACAACUGGUUGCGAUCCGGAUGGAUCCAGCGACAAGCUGCUCAGCGGGUAUAUGUAGAGCUACGUUUCACACUAAGAGACUGUAACUCCAUUCCCUGGGUGUCUGGCACGUGUAAGGAAACCUUCAACCUCUUUUAUCUGCAGACGGAUGAACCGCUUCCUGGAGGAACGCGGUUUCGCCCUACUGACUAUGCCAAGGUGGACACUAUUGCAGCAGAUGAAAGCUUCACACAGACAGAUCUUGGAGAUCGUGUACUUCGUCUCAAUACAGAGGUCAGGGAGGUGGGGCCCGUGACAAAGAAGGGCUUCUACUUAGCAUUUCAAGACGUAGGGGCUUGUAUUGCCCUUGUCUCUGUCAAGGUGUUCUACAAACGCUGCCCAUCGACUUUAAGAAACCUGGCAGCAUUUCCUGACACCGUGCCACACAUGGACUCAUCUUCUCUAGUGGAAGUGAGAGGGACUUGUGUGGAGAACGCAGAGGAAAGGGACACGCCCAAACUUUACUGUGGCGCUGACGGAGACUGGCUUGUCCCAUUGGGUCGCUGCAUCUGUAGCAUUGGCCAUGAGGAGCUGGACGACCACUGCCGAGCUUGUAAACCUGGCUACUUCAAGGCGUUUGCUGGGAACACUAAAUGCUCCAAAUGCCCUCAGCACAGCUCCAGCCAUGACCAGGCUGCCACAAUCUGUCACUGCGAUAAAGGCUUCUACAGAGGGCCCCCAUCAGCUCCAAGAAAUCUGAUCUCGCUAAUCAAUGACACUGCUCUCUUCUUGCAAUGGAUGCCUCCAAUCAACACAGGAGGAAGAAGCGACAUCACCUACAACGUUCUGUGCCAACGAUGUGAUGGUGGUGAUGUUGGUGUGAGCCAAUGUGAGCCAUGUGAACCAGACCUGAGAUUUAUCCCCCGACCGCUCGGUAUAACCGGUACCUCUGUGGCAAUACUGGAUUAUGCGAUGCAUACCAAUUAUACCUUCCACGUUGAAGCUGUGAAUGGCGUCUCUGGACUGGGUGUGGCUCCGCGAUCACUGGCAAAUGUUACCGUCAAUACACACCAAGUCGGUCCUGCUUUCGUGGGAAUAGUAAGGAAAGACUGGGCCACCCACAACAGCAUCGCCCUCUCCUGGUCAGAAGUAGAACAGCCGCCUUCAGACAUUGUGGACUAUGAAGUCAAAUACUAUGAAAAGGAGCAGGAGCAACUGAGCUACUCGUCAACCCGGACCAAAUCCACCAGAGUGGUGGUCACAGGCCUCAGACCCUCGACUGUUUACGUCUUUCAUGUGCGGGCUCGCACUUCAGCCGGCUACACAGCUUACAGCCCCAACUUUGAGUUUGCAACUGCACCUGAGGAUUCAGACAUUGCUGAUCAGGGUCAGGUUCUGGUCGUUGUCACAGCUUCUGUUGGCGGCUUCUCCCUCCUGGUCAUCCUUACUCUCUUCCUCCUCAUCACAGGACGGUGUCAGGGGUACAUUAAAGCCAGGAUGAAGUCAGAGGAUAAAAGAACUCGUUUCCACAGUGGACAUGUCCCAUUUUCUGGAAUAAAGACGUACGUGGAUCCAGACACAUAUGAAGACCCGACACAGGCUGUGGAAGAAUUCGCAAAGGAGAUAGACCCUUCAUACAUAUGCAUUGACAGAGUGAUUGGUGCUGGUGAGUUUGGAGAGGUGUGUAGUGGGCGCCUGCGUAUUCCUGGAAGAAAGGACGUUGCUGUGGCAAUAAAGACCCUUAAAGGUGGCUAUAUGGAAGAGCAGAGACGGGAGUUUCUGCGCGAGGCCUCCAUCAUAGGACAGUUCAACAACUCUAACAUCAUCAGGCUGGAGGGAGUUGUCACUAAGAGUAGACCAGUGAUGAUAGUAGUGGAAUACAUGGAAAAUGGAGCACUUGACGCUUUCCUGCGGACCCGUGAGGGCCAGUUCACUGUGCUCCAGCUGAUUGGCAUGCUGCGAGGCAUUGCAGUCGGCAUGUCAUACCUUUCAGACAUGGGCUACGUUCACAGAGACCUGGCUGCUCGCAACAUCUUGGUGGAUGAAAACUUGGUGUGUAAAGUGUCAGAUUUUGGCAUGUCUAGGAUCCUUGAAGAUGACUCUGAAUCCGCUUACACAGCUACAGGAGGAAAAAUACCAAUACGCUGGACAGCACCAGAGGCUAUUGCUUAUGGAAAGUUUUCUUCAGCUAGUGACAUAUGGAGCUAUGCCAUUGUUAUGUGGGAAGUGAUGUCAUAUGGUGAAAGGCCCUACUGGGAAAUGUCCAAUCAAGAUGUUAUUUUAUCAAUUGAAGAAGGGUAUCGUCUGCCAGCACCAAUUGGCUGUCCUGUGACCCUACACCAGUUGAUGCUGCACUGCUGGCAGAAGGAGUACAGCCAACGCCCAAGCUUUAACGAUGUGGUUUCUUUCCUUGACAAACUCAUAAUUAAUCCCAGUAGUAUGCUGACUCUGGUCAAUGACGCUCUAAGUUUUUCAGACUCUCCUGAGGAGAUGCCAGACUACCCUCUUUUCAUCUCUAUCGGCGACUGGCUAGACUCCAUCAAAAUGAGCCAGUAUAAGAGCAACUUCCUUGCAGCAGGAUACACUACAUUGGAUUCUAUUGCAACUAUGAGUAUAGAAGACAUCAAACGCAUUGGAGUCUGUUUGAUUGGCCACCAGAGGAGAAUCAUAAGCAGCAUACAGUCUCUUCGACUGCAACUUCAUCACAUCCAUCAGAGUGGAUUUCAAGUUUGAGACCAUGUCACACAACCAGACUGUGUUUUUACACAUCCAGCUGCCGAUCCUUGGCAUCGUCAUCCAACCAAUUGCACAAACACUGGACUGUUAGGUGUUGCCAGUACUACAUGCUGCUCAUGAGGGAGGGGUCUUGGUACUAGACCCAUGGCUGCCCAGAUAAGUUGCACUCAUAAUCCCAACUGUCAUCUCUUCGGACAGCUUCCACAACAAUCAACCUCUGUCAGCAUUGGCCAAACCAGGUCUUUUUAUUAUCUCAGCAAGUACUAGCAUUCACUUGAAUUUAGGACUUCAUGUCUCUAGUGUCUAUUCAAGUGUUCACCAAUACCUCUUAUCUUUCCGAGUGACAAUCCAAUGGUUUCUAUUGACUUUGAAAGGUGUCAAGUCAGUUACCUCAUGACCAGGGAAGAUGAGGAGAGGAUAUAUACCAUCUGGUGAUGUAUGAGAAACAAUGUGGUUCUAAGAUAUCCAACUGGUUUUAAACAAAAAAAAUUCCACAAUGAUUUUUGAACUGAAGACCACUGAAUGUCAAACGUUUUUUUUUUUUUUUUUUAGAAAUGUAUGUUCUCUCCUCAUGAUAAUGCAGUAUGUCUUGUACAAAAAAAGUCUUGUGAAAGUCGUAUGUUUUAUUCUGUAAGUUUCUUCCUUAAUAAACAACUAUAUUUUAA